AUGAAGCACCUUCUCCAGUACCUGGGCUGCUUUUUCGCCUUCUUCUCUGCUGGCUUUCUGAUCGCAGCCACCUGGACUGACUGCUGGAUGGUGAACACCGAUGACUCCCUGGAGUUGAGUGCGUCAUGUCGUGGCCUGUGGUGGGAGUGCGUCACCAACGCCUUUGAUGGGAUCACCACCUGUGAUGAAUACGACUCCAUAUUUGCUGAGCACACUGUGAAACUGGUCCUGACCCGAGCAAUGCUGAUCACAGCUGACAUCCUGGCGGGCUUUGGAUUCACCUUCCUUCUCCUGGGCCUUGACUGUGUGAAAUUUCUAACCGAUGAGCCCAGCAUCAAGACACGCAUCUGCUUCAUCUCCGGAUUAGCGCUGCUAAUUGGAGGUGUCCCAGGGCUCAUUGGCUCCGUCUGGUAUGCCAUCGGGGUUUACGUGGAACGCUCCACUCUGGUCUUGCACAAUGUCUUUGUGGGCAUCCAGUAUAAAUUUGGGUGGUCCUGCUGGCUUGGGCUGAGUGGCUCUCUGGGGUGCUUCUUGUCUGGUGCCUUCUUAACCUGCUGCAUGUAUCUCUUCAGAGAUCUUGGAUCAGGAAGAUACCUUUCCUCCAGUUCCUUACGGAAGGCUUAUUCCCCUCCAGGAGUGACUGUGGCCAGCCUCUACCAUCCAUCUUCCCAGACUGCCACCGCCAAAAUGUAUGCGAUGGACACCAGAGUGUGA